AUGCGGGAGGUCCCCGGCGCCGUCACCGUCUCGCGAGGCAAGGGCGUGAGGGCCGGGAUGGCGGGGGCCUUGCGGACGGCCGGUCACGGGAGCCUGCCCCACGCCACCAGGGGGCGGCCGCUACUACUGCCGGUCGGGGUGGCUUGCCGGGCCGGCGUGCCCCGUCUCCGGCUGCGGCACGCAGGGAGGGCGGCCCUUCGGACCGAGCUCGUGCAGCGUGCCCGACCCCCGGCCAGAGACCAGGACCGUGAGGCGUCUUGGCGGGCGGACCGCGGCCGGUCGCCGCCUCGCCGCGAACAGCGCCGAGAUGACCCGCUCCCCCUACCUGCUGGGCCUCCCGCAGCUAGGAAGAAGAAAAAGUCGAAGAAGCGUAGGGCCGUCGGGGGAGGCGCCGUGGGUGGGAGCCAGCUUGGGCACCUGCCUAUGGUACCUCCGCAGGGACUGCCCUUGGAUGGUCGGUCCGAUACUCAGCUUGGGGUGUCGGCGACGCCGGAGAAGUCCCCCACCGCCAACAUUUGCUUCAACUGUGGGGUGAGGGGGCAUUUCCGGUCCGAGUGCCCGAGGCCGGAGCAGUGCCUCUUCUGUGGCGACCCGGGCCACCAGGCUGCGGCAUGCACGGAGCGCUUCAACAGCCACAGGAGGCGGGAGGUCAUCGAGUACCUCGGGCACGGGAUCGAUGGGGGCUUCUACUACAUCGACCUUGGGGGGGCGGAGCUACGCUCCCCCCAGCACCUUGCUGUGAUCACUGUUGAGGUGACAGUCGACACGAUCCGCACCGAGCUCACUCAGCUGGAGUCGACUUGGGUGUGGAACGUGCGGGAGAUAUCGCCUACUGAGUUUGCAGUGGCGUUUCCCUCGGCUGAGCUCCUCCGCGCCCUUUCCUGGGGUAGCUCGACCAUCCUCCCAGCCAACAACAUCAACGUUUCUGUUCUGCCGUCGUGUGUGGAUCCUGAUACGGUGGCUACUUUGUCUGAGGUUUGGGUCCGGGUUCACGGCAUUCCCGAGGAGGCGAGGACUGACCAUAUCCUUGAGCUCAUCUCCCAGAUCAUUGGCAAGCUUGUCACAGUGGACCCCCUCUCCCUCCCAGGCGCCGGGCCGGUGCGCAUGUUGAUCCUCUGCCCAGAUCCCACGAAGCUUGCUUGCACUCUUCCUCACGUCUUCUUCGGGAAGGGUGGUCGGGCCCUGACGGUGGAGGUGGAGGGGGACGAGGCCCAGGCGGGGGCUCAGACCCCUCCCCUCGACCCAUCUCAGUCCCACCAUGAUGACGAUGCCGACGAUGAUGAUGUUUCUUCCGAUGGAGGCUCUGAGGAUGACUUGGGCGGCGAUGGCAAGGACUACUCCCAGCGACAGGCUCCUGGUACCGGGGCCGAGUCUUCUGCUGCCCUGGACGUCAGGCCUGGGGCGCAGUCGGCCCAGCUUGGGUUGGCGCGGACUCUCACGAGCGCGCCGGCCAAGCUGGGAGCGGCUGCCCCCCGCGCCCCUCCUGCCGUUGCCGUGGGGUCCUGCGGCCUGUCCAUCUUGGAGUACGGGUUCAACUUCCCCCAGGAUUCGUCGUCAGCAAGCGUGGGGUUGGACGUGUGCCCCCCGCAGUCACCGAGGUCGCCUGGGCUCGUCUGCUACACGCGCUCCACGGGCUCUACUCCCACCUCGCCCCAGGGUCCUGCGACCCCGGGCCCUACUGUCCUGGAGCCAGCCUCGGUCUUCCCCGACACUCCCGUGGCUGGCGCCAAGGCGAGGGCCCAGCGGCGUCAGCGCCAGUCCACUCUGCCGUCCCGCCACAGCGCUAGUCUCGCUCGUUCUCGCUCAGGGGCCGAGGUGGUGGAGCCGACCGUGGCCGAGCAGGCAGAGCGGCGGGCGGCAGCCCGCAACCUCGACUCAGGUACACGCUCCACUCCUCGUCCCCCCUCCUUUGCUCCUCCUCCCCCCAACUCGGGCUCUCGGUUCUCGGUUCUUGCUACGGCGUCGCUCGACCACCUUGGUCAGGUGGCGUCGGAUUGCGGUGUGGUUUUCAGGGGUGAGCGCGGCCCUCGGGCUGAACAGCUGGCGGCGAUUCAGGCCAAGGAGGUCUACGAUGGCGUACUCGCAGCAUCUCGCGCUCAGUUGGAGCGCGAGAGGGCGACCUCCGCUACCUCGACUGACCCGGUGCAGCUGGCAUCAGGGUCUGGUCUGGAGCCGUCCAAUGGGGGGUUCGAGGCCCCGGGUCGCAAACAACAACUGAAGGAAUACAUACGGCGCGAGAAUGUGGAUAUUGUUGGGCUCCAAGAGACGAUUAAGGAGUCUUUCCUCCUCCAUGAGCUGGAGGGUCUUAGUAGACACAAGUUCGCCUGGCAUUGGCGUCCUGCCUCGGGUCACUCGGGUGGCAUCCUCCUAGGCGUGAGGGAGGAUACCUUCGAGGUCGAGGAUAUGGAGCACGGCGAGUUCUUUGUGAGUAUGGCCGUUACCCAUAGACGAUCUAACCUCAGCUGGGAGGUUAUUAUUGUCUAUGGGCCGGCGGACCAUUCCAGAUCUCAGGCCUUCCUGGUGGAGCUGCGGGCUAAGAUUGACCGGUGUACCACCCCAGUGGUAGUAGCCGGUGAUUUUAACUUGAUACGCUCCCCGGAGGACAAGAGCUCGCGUCGCGUGGACAUCCCGAGGAUGCGGAUGUUCAACGACUGCCUUGCGGAUCUCGCCCUUAGAGAGAUCACUAGAGUGGGUGCCCGGUUCACGUGGUGCAACAACCGCAUUGACCCGGUCCAGAGUGUGCUGGACCGGCCAGGGUUUGUGGAGGCGGUUGGCUACAAGUGGGAGCGGGCGGCAGAGUCCCCACCACGCGUCUUCAACGCAGUCGAUGUUUGGCAUCACUGCACGAAGAUUGCCCGCCAGUUUAUGCGUGGCUGGGGGGCGAACCUCAGGGCGGAGGUUCGCCUAAAGAAGGACCUACUUCUCCGCCAGAUCCAGGAGUUAGAUUGCGCCGCGGACGAGGAGGGCUUAGCCGCUGAGGAGUGGCUUCAGCGCUUCGCCCUGGAACACUCGCUCAUGGAGAUUUUCCGUGGGGAGGAGGAGGCCGGGGAGAUCACCACCCAUAUUUAUUCCUUCUAUAAAGGCCUCUUCGCGGUGGGCCCCAGAACCGGGGUUGCCCUCGCGGCAGAUCUAUGGCCAGCUAGGGCCUGGGUCUCAGACGAGGAGAAUGCCGCCCUCACCCUUCCGUUCCUCCCAACGGAAGUCCGGGGCGCGCUUGAGGGCAUGAAGACUAGCUCGGCCCCUGGCCCUGAUGGUCUCCCGGUUGUCUUCUUCCAGAAAUUCUGGGCGAAACUCCAGGAGACUAUCAUGCCAAUGUUUCAAGAGUUCUACGUGGGAACUCUUGACAUGGGGCGGCUGAACUACGGUGUUAUUACCUUGAUCCCCAAGGUUGUGGGGGCCACGGAUAUACGCCAGUUCAGGCCUAUUACGGUCAUCAACGUAAUCCAGCGGUUGUUCUCCAAGGUGUGUGCGGUAAGGUUGGCCCCGGUUAUGGAGCAGAUUACGCACCAAUACCAGUUUGCCUUCCUUAAGGGCCGCCACAUCCAUGAUGGGAUUCUAGCUCUGCACGAGAUUGUGCACGAGGUUAGGAGUCGACACCAGAGGGGUGUCUUCCUAAAACUAGAUUUCCAGAAAGCGUACGACCGUUUGGAUUGGUCCUUCCUCCGGCAGGUCCUCCAGAGGAGAGGCGUUGACGACCGUAUGAUUGGCUGGAUUAUGCAGACGGUGAUGACUGGCAGCACGGCCAUCAACAUUAAUGGGGAAGUGGGUCCCUAUUUUAGGCCGGCAUGUGGAGUGAGACAGGGUGACCCCCUUUCCCCUAUCCUCUUCAACGCGGCGGUUGACUCCCUGGUCGAGAUCCUGGAGAGGGCUAGGAUCUCGGGCCAUAUUACCGGAGUGGUCAGCCACCUCAUCCCUGGUGGAGGGGUGACCCACCUCCAGUAUGCGGACGAUACCAUGAUCAUGUUCGAGGGCUCGGACCGGGACAUCCAGAACACCAAGUUCCUUCUCCUCUGUUUUGAGGCCAUGUCAGGCCUCAAAAUAAACUUUGACAAAAGUGAGGUAGUGGUCUUGGGGUACCCUCCGGAAGCUCAACAGCGGAUCGCUGACAACCUCAAUUGUAGGUUGGCAAUCUUCCCUGUGAGCUACUUGGGGGUGCCUGUUAGGGAUUCUAGGAUCCUUAUUAGAGACCUCGCCCCCCUUGUGGGGCGAGUUAGAGCGAAGGCUAAACCAUGGCGCGGGAGGUUCACCUCCAAGGGUAGCAAAACAGUCCUCAUCGAUUCAUGCCUGUCUAGUCUUCCCAUGUAUAUCAUGGGCCUGUACCUCCUCCCUGAAGGGGUACAUGCGGCCUUCGACAAAGAGCUAUCUCGCUUCUUCUGGCAGGAUAGGACAGGCCGCCAAAAAUAUCACAUGGUCAAAUGGGCCGAUGUGUGCGCCCCCAAGGAUCUUGGGGGCAUAGGGAUAAUCUCCUCUCGUCACAUGAAUGUGGCCCUCAUUCUGAAAUGGGUUUGGAGGAUCCUCUCUGAUGAUGGGGGUUUGUGGCUUAAGUUAAUCAAGGCGAAAUACCUACGGGGCCGGCCUCUGCUUGCCUGUGAUCGUCGGGAGGGAUCUCAGUUUUGGAGGGCCCUCCAGGACGUUAAGCAUGAGGUUAGAGCGGGACUGUCCUUCUCCAUAGGCGAUGGUAGAGGGACCAUGUUCUGGCUGGACCCGUGGUUGGGGGCUAGUCCCAUCUGCCUGGACUUCCCGGACCUGUUCGCUAUUUGCGCCAACCCACCCUGUCUUGUCGCCGACGUCGCCCAGAGGGGCUGGGAUAUCCUGUUCCGUCGCGGGCUUACCCAGGGAGAGGCCCUGAGUCUGGCCCGGCUGCGGAACCUCCUCCCGGACGCCUUGCCGGGAGGACUAGAUUCGCCUUCUUGGCGCCUGUCGCCCUCCGGUUCGUUCUCUCAGUGGUACCCGUUGUGUAGGCAGCGGGACAGGGAGCGCCUGGACGGCAUGUUGGAGGAUCUUCUUGCGGCUGUCCGUCGCCUUUUUACGUCGUCCAGCCUCUGA